CCAGAAUCUUCCCGCCCUUUCUGGUGACCGAAAACUCUGGAAAUUAGGAGGAAGCCGUCCUCGCUGGCCCACGUUAUUAGCUCACCAUCUCACCGGCCCCCAAAUCUCCGAUUGCAUACCUGCGCGGAGAAGCCGAAGCGAGCAAGCGAUUGUGACGAAAGCGUGUCGGAGUAGAAGCUGUCCAAGAAAGAGAAGCGGAGGACGAUGGCGGAGGAGCAGCAGCUGAGGCUGGACUUGGAUGAGCUGAGGCACCUCGAGAGCAUCGCCAAGAGGCCCCGUGUCCUAUCCCUCCUUUCCUCCGAGAUCCGUGACCUGGACGCCAAGUUGUCGAGAGUGACUGCUGUGACUGCAGCGGCACGGCAGGCUGCAGUCGCUGCGGAAAAGGUACCCGUUAAUGUUGAUGCUGUGAACAGAAGCUAUGUCACUCUUGGAUCGUUUAGUUGGGAUCAAGACAACGAUAAAAUCAAGAUUUAUAUAUCUAUUGAAGAUGCAGAGCAAGAGAAGGUGGAUACAGUUUUUAAGCCAAUGUCUGUUGACAUCAAAUUCCAUGACAUCCAUGGCAAGAAUUAUCGAUUUGCCAUUCCAAAAUUGAACAAGGAGAUAUUGCCUGAGAAGUGUAAGCUAGUGGUCAAGCCCAAUAAAGUCAUAGUUACACUUGUUAAAGCUUCCAAGGGAAACUGGUUAGACCUGCACCUUAAGGAAGACAAGCUAAAGCCGAACCUGGACAAAGAAAAAGACCCAAUGGCAGGAAUCAUGGAUUUGAUGAAGAACAUGUACGAGGAAGGUGAUGAUGAGAUGAAACGAACAAUAGCCAAAGCUUGGUCUGAUGCAAGAUCUGGGAAAACAGCUGACCCACUGAAAAGUUACCCAUGAAAAAGCCUGAUCUCUGUAAUCACUGCUGUGGUUCUUUUGAGCGUCUACUCUUAUCGCCAGCAUGGGCUGAACUGUUCUUGAACUUUGCCGUGGUUAUCCUUGCGACUGUCGCACCUUAGUUGGCCUUGCAUGUGUUUAUAUUUGCAGUAUUCCAUGCUCCUUCCACGUUCGAUGCCUGGGAGCUAUAACUUGUUGGUAAUUAAAGUGUUUUCUGUGCUUCCUGAGUGAGAGAGUAUCUUUUAUUUC